AUGGCUGCCUCGGGCAUGCAAUUCACAGAGCGCGGCCAGAAAGCGCUGAGCGACGCUGCCAACCUUGCAGAACAGUAUGCUCACAUACAAAUCAUGCCGCUACAUUUGGCGGUCUCCCUCUUUGAUCCUCCAGUCGACGAAUCCAAAGACCAGAAACAGACAGCCAAUGCCUCUCAAGUUUCUGCUUCAAUGCCUCUGUUCAGACAGGUCAUUGAACGUGCGCACGGAGAUGUUCAGCUCUUCGAUCGAACCCUGAAGAAACAGCUUGUUCGCUUGGCUAGUCAGGAUCCGCCUCCAGAACAUGUUUCUCUCUCUCCUCAGCUUUCAAAGGUACUUCGGGCCGCAAAUGAACUUUCGAAGUUACAGAAAGAUAGUUACGUGGCGGUAGAUCACAUGAUCCUGGCUCUGGCUCAGGACUCGACCGUUCAACGAGCUCUGGCAGAUGCAAAUGUCCCGAACACGAAGUUGAUUGAGUCCGCCAUACAGCAGAUACGGGGAACAAAGCGGGUAGACUCCAAAACUGCGGAUUCCGAGGAGGAGAAUGAGAAUCUCAAAAAAUUCACAAUCGACAUGACAGCUUUGGCGCGGGAGGGUAAGAUGGACCCGGUGAUUGGCCGAGACGAGGAAACCCGACGAGUUAUCCGAAUUCUCUCGCGGAGAACGAAGAACAAUCCUGUCCUGAUUGGUGAGCCUGGCGUAGGUAAAACCACCGUCAUUGAGGGACUUGCACAGCGUAUUGUCAACCAAGACGUGCCAGAAAAUCUUGCUGCCUGCAAACUCCUUUCACUUGAUGUCGGUGCGCUUGUCGCUGGGAGCAAGUAUCGUGGCGAGUUCGAAGAACGAAUGAAGGGUGUGCUCAAGGAAAUCGAACAGACAAAAGAGAUGAUUGUUCUGUUCGUGGACGAAAUUCAUCUGCUUAUGGGCGCUGGCUCAAGCGGCGAGGGUGGCAUGGAUGCUGCGAACCUCCUCAAACCCAUGUUGGCUCGCGGACAAUUGCAUUGUAUCGGCGCAACCACACUCGCGGAGUAUCGGAAAUACAUCGAAAAGGACAGCGCAUUCGAACGUCGAUUUCAACAAGUGCUGGUCAAAGAACCUUCUUUGCCAGAGACAAUUUCGAUUCUGCGAGGGCUGAAAGAAAAGUUCGAAGUUCACCAUGGUGUCAAAAUCCUUGAUUCGGCCAUCGUAUCAGCCGCCACCCUGGCAGCUAGAUACCUUACCCAGCGGCGUUUGCCUGAUUCCGCUGUUGAUCUGAUUGAUGAGGCCGCCGCGGCGGUUCAUGUCACCAGAGAGUCUCAACCAGAAGCCUUGGAUGCGAUGGAGCGUCGUAUCCGUCAGCUCCAGAUUGAGAUCCAUGCCCUCGACCGUGAAAAUGACCCGGCAUCCAAGACAAGACUUGAAGCUGCCAAACUAGAGAUGGCAAACGUGAGAGAAGAGCUUGUACCAUUGAAAGAGCAUUACGAAUCGGAAAGGCAAAGAUCGAAAGACAUUCAAGAAUUGAAAGCCAAGCUUGACCAGCUCAAGGUCAAACGUGACGAGGCGGAAAGAUCGGGCGACAUUCAAACAGCGUCGGACCUUGUUUAUUAUGCCAUUCCAGAUGUUACAAAACGAAUAAAGGAACUCGAAGAAGACCGUUCGCGAGCUGAUGCAGAGGCGUUCUCACGAAGAGGAUCUGUUGGCGACGUGCUCAUUACAGAUGCUGUUGGUCCAGACCAGAUCAACGAGAUCGUGGCUAGGUCAACAGGCAUUCCAGUCAAUCGCCUGAAGACAACUGAGAAGGACAAACUUCUGCAUAUGGAGCAACAUCUUGGCAAGAUCGUGGUCGGCCAGAAAGAGGCUGUUCAGUCAGUUUCAAACGCCAUCCGUCUCCAGCGAUCCGGCCUUUCUAACCCCAACCAACCCCCUUCGUUUUUGUUUUGUGGACCUUCCGGUACAGGCAAGACCCUGUUAACCAAGGCGUUGGCCGAGUUCUUGUUCGACGAUCCAAAGGCCAUGAUUCGGCUUGACAUGUCAGAAUACCAAGAACGCCACUCCCUCUCACGUAUGAUCGGCGCUCCACCUGGCUACGUCGGCCACGACGCAGGUGGUCAGCUCACAGAAGCCUUGAGACGACGACCAUUCUCCAUCCUCCUCUUUGAUGAAGUUGAGAAAGCAGCCAAAGAAGUUCUAACUGUCCUCCUUCAGCUCAUGGACGAUGGCCGCAUCACCGAUGGCCAGGGGAGAGUCAUCGAUGCACGAAACUGCAUCGUCGUCAUGACCUCCAACCUGGGCGCAGAGUACCUGGCCCGUCAAAAUGCACCAGAUGGCAAGAUCGAUCCCACGACACGGGAGCUCAUCAUGAACAGCCUACGUAACUACUUCCUCCCCGAAUUUCUCAACCGAAUCAGCUCCAUCGUCAUCUUCAAUCGCCUAAGCCGGAAGGAGAUCCGAAAGAUCGUCGAUGUCCGAAUCGGCGAAAUCCAGCGUCGUUUGCAAACCAACGACCGCAACGUCAAAAUCGAAUGCACGGACGACGUUCGGGAUUACCUGGGUCGCGCGGGCUACUCGCCAGCUUAUGGCGCGAGGCCUCUGCAGCGGCUGAUCGAGAAGGAGGUGUUGAACCGUCUGGCGGUGUUGAUCUUGAGAGGUAGUGUGAGGGACGGAGAGACGGCCAAGAUAGUCAUGCAGGAUGGCCGCGUUACCGUGCUGCCGAACCACGGUGAGGAGAGCGAGCCGGAUGAGGACGAGGACAUGGUGGAUGAUGUGGACGAUAUGUUGGCGAUCGAGGAUAAGGAUCCCGGCAUGGAUCUUUAUGAGUGA